AUGGUGCGACUUGUAGUCUAUGGUGCGGUUAGCACCUUUUUAGCCUUUUUGGUUGUGGCCGCGGCCUUCCGACAGAGAAGUAAUUUUUAUGCAGCUUGCAUAUAUCUUUCAAAAUCUAGUGCAUGUAUGAUGAUUCUGAUGAAUAUGGGAUUCUUCUUGAUGAUAAUAUUUGGGCAAAUUUUACAACACAUAUUCUUUGGAAGAUUGCGAGCUUUGGAAAUUGAACAUUUAUAUGAAAGAGCUUGGUACGCAGUUACUGAAACUUGCUUGGCAAUGACUAUUUUUCGAGAUGAGUUUGACACAAAAUUCUUCGUGACUUUUACAACAUUAUUGUUCUUGAAAAUCUUUCAUUGGCUAUGCCAGGAUCGAGUUGAAUAUAUGGAACAAUUAAGGGUGGUGCGUUUUUCUUUUCACCUUCGAAUGGUUGCCCUUAUGGAAAUCUUGUGUACCAUGGACUUCAUUUUGGUCCUUUAUGCCGUUGGUAUCACAAUGGAAAAGGGGCCUAAUAUGAUGAUUAUGUUUGCUUUUGAGUAUGCAAUUCUUGCCGCAACAAUAUUAUCAACAUUCUGCAAAUAUGUCUUGAAUAUAAUCGAAUUGAGGCGCGAGGAACCAUGGCAAAAUAAAUCUUUAUAUGUGUUUUACUUGGAACUUGUCACUGAUUUUUUCAAAUUGAUCACGUACCUCAUAUUUUUCGCAAGCAUCCUAAAAUCAUAUGGUCUGCCGCUUCACAUCAUUCGCGACGUAUAUGUCACGUUGCGAUCAUUUCUACAAAAAUGUGGUGACUUGGUCAGAUAUCGUCGGGCAACGAGAAACAUGAAUGAGCGGUACCCGAAUGCAACAGUUGAAGAGCUUGAAAGAUUAAGUGAUCGUACAUGUAUUAUAUGUCGUGAAGAAAUGAUAGCCGUGGUGGAUGUAGUUGCUAAUGUUGCCGAAGCGCCGCAAGGAGAUGCUGCAAGGGCCGCACAACAUAGAACACCACAGCAGCCACCUAAUAAUGGGUCAGGUGAUACGCCUAAAAAGUUGCCUUGUGGACAUAUUUUCCAUUUUCACUGUCUCAGGAGUUGGUUGGAAAGACAACAAAGUUGUCCUACAUGUCGAAGACCUGUAUUAGAAGCUCCACCAACACAACAACCACCACAACAGGCUGCACGCCCUGGGCCAGUUCCUCUUGGAGCUAAUUUCCCACAAGGAUAUUUUGCUAAUCCAAUGCCCGGAUUUAUGGUGUUUCCACCUCCAGCAAUGCAACCGAAUACUGAUAAUCAGUCGGAUUCUACAGCAGCAUCACAUACAUCCACAAAUAUUGAAGAACGAAUGACGAAUGAUAUCCCGGGAUUAAUCCCACUUUUUCCUACAUUGCACGGAAGGUAUUCCACUGGACCACCUAAUUUAGGAAAUGGAAAUCCACCACCCACUCUAGAUCAUUUAUCUGAAGAGCAAAUUCGAUUAUUAGAAACGGAAACACGGGAGGCACUUUCAGAGCGAAUAAGAAUAUUACAUAAUGUGGAUGGACAAAUAUAUAAUGCUAUCAGUGUUCUAACACAAACAUUAAGUGCAUUGCCCCCAGCACCACCUCCAAUACCUAGUAAUCAACGAGGGAACCAAACACAAACAGAUCCUGCACCAUCUAAAAAAAGCAAAAAAGUAGGUCAAGGUGCUGCCAGAUGUCUGACACGUAGAAUGUUGUUGUCAUUAAUAUAUACAAGCAAUAUCCCGCAAAAGAUCUAA